GGAGCUGCUCAUGUUCAUGGCGUCCGAUCAGCACCCAUCUGAUCUGAUCUGAUCUGAUCUGAUCUCUGUCCUGAUUUUACCCCGGGGUUUAUAGGCACCUUAUUUCUUGAGGAUUUCUCUGCUUGCUUUCUUUGGAUUUCAUUAUUCGGGUUGAUUUUCUUCAUGUCCAUGUUGAACCAUGCAGCCUCCACCUAGAAAGGUCAAAGUAACGCAGGAGCUGAAGACCAAUCACACGGAGCAGCUCACCCGACUUCAUCUCAAACAUCAGAUCGAAUGUGAUUUACUGGAAGACAUGAGGACCUACAGUCAGAAGAAGGCGACGCUGGAGAGAGAGUAUGCUCAGGCGCUGCAGAAGCUGGCCAAUCAGUAUCUGAAGAGGGACUGGCCUGGCAUCAAACCUGACGACAAGCGCACGGACUACAGGAACAUCUACGGUGUGUGGAGAGCGUAUCUGGAGAACACCGUGGAGGUGACCCACUCUCGACUGUUCGUCUGUGAGAACUACAAAACCGAGAUCUCGGACCCUGCCAAAACCGUCCGACUUUACAAAGAACAGCAGCUCAAAAAGUGCAUCGAGCAGCUGGGCAGAAUCCAGGCUGAGCUUCAGGACUCAGUAAAGGACCUGGCAAAGUCUAAAAAGAAGUACUUUGAGCUGGAGCAGAUGGCCCAGGCCGUCCGGGAAAAAGCAGACAUUGAGGCCAAGUCAAAGCUGGGUCUGUUUCAGUCCAGGAUUAGUUUACAGAAGGCCAGCGUCAAAUUGAAAGCCAAGAAGAGUGACUGUAACUCCAAAGCUACGCACGCCAGGAACGAGUACCUUCUAACCCUCGCAGCCGCCAAUGCACACCACGAUCGCUACUAUCAAACCGACCUGGCCAACUGCAUCAAGGCUCUGGAAGGUGACGUGUACGAUCAUGUGAAGGAUUAUUUGAUGUCUUUUUGCCGGACGGAGUUAGAAGUGUUCCAGACCAUUCACAACACAUUCCAGUUCCUCCUGGACAAAUCCAGUCGAGUGGUGCAGGACUUCAAUCAGCAGUUGUUCCUCCAGGAGAAUCCAGUUUUCCAUAAAACACAGGACUUCCAGUUCCAGCCGUGUGACGGUGACACGAGUCGGCAGCUGGAGUCGGAGACGGGCACCACAGAGGAGCACAGUCUCAACAAGGAGGCCCGGAAGUGGGCGACGAGAGUGGCGCGAGAACACAAAAACAUCAUCAAUUGCAAACGGAUGCUGGAGGAGAGUGAGAGACAGGGAACUCCUCCAUCAGAACAGAGCCGCAUCGAGCUGGACUUCAGAAUAGACGAGGCGAAAGAGAAUCUACGGAAAUCUGAGACAGUGAAGCUGAAAGCCGAGGCUCGUCUGGACCUGCUCAGACAGGCGGGUGUUUCUGUGGAUACGUGGUUGAAAAGUGCCAUGAACCAGGUGAUGGAGGAGCUGGAGAACGAGCGCUGGGCAUCACUGCCCACCCUUAUUACCCACAAUUCCUCAGUUACAACCACGGUGGAUUUGGAGCGAGACGAGACUGAGGAACUGGAGGAGAACAUGGAGGCAUUUGAUGACAGCAGCUCCAGUCCAUCAGGGACACUGAGAAACUACCCGCUCACCUGUAAAGUGCUCUACUCUUACAAGGCGUCUCAGCCAGACGAGCUGACCAUCGAUGAGCACGAGGUUCUGGAGGUCAUAGAGGACGGAGACAUGGAGGACUGGGUCAAAGCGAGGAAUAAAUCAGGUCAUGUGGGCUACGUCCCUGAGAAGUACCUGCAGUUCCCUUCCUCUAACAGCAUACUGAGCAUGCUCCAGUCUCUCACUGCGCUGGAAACACGAUCACACACAUCAAGCAACUCCACCGAACCUGAGCUGGCCUCGGUUAGCAUCAACGGAGACGCCAGCAUGAGCUUUGCGAAGGCGAUUUACGACUACGAGGGCCAGACGGAAGACGAACUGUCCUUCCCUGAGGGCGCGGUUAUCAGAAUCCUCAAUAAAGACAAUCAGGAGGACGAUGGGUUCUGGGAGGGCGAGUUCAACGGACGAGUGGGCGUGUUUCCCUCUGUCCUGGUGGAGGAUCUGACCGCAGAGAAUGGAGAUGUGCACUGGGUCUUAGAUGCUCAGGUAUCAUCAUGUGUGAAACUGCAGUCAUCUUUACCCCCAUUACCCCUGUACGAUCAGCCUCCCUGCAGCCUGGACUGUAGCCCUGCCCUCAACCUGCCCCGCUCCCCAUCCGUCAACGGAGAACACAAAAUACCUGGAUCACACAAAGCACCGUCUCACAAUCACAGUUCUGCUCUGAGUCCAGAGAGCCCAGGUUUCUCCCAGCCAUCCAAAUUCACACCGGAUGGAUCCGGCGCAGGGAAACUACGACCUGUCCGUGCUGCUCCACCUCCUCCGAAACAGCACCCCCGCCGGCAGCUGGAGAAACCUGAGGAGGUAGAGAUCACCCUGGUGUAGCAGCAUCGUUAUCUAUUCGGAGGACUGAUCAACAUCUGACCUCAAACUUCUACAGGCAUUGAAGUGGGCAAGGUUACCCCAAGCCCACUGUUCCAGCUCCCUGGAGCUCUUUCCCUAGUAUGGAAAUGAUGGCGUCACAUACUGGUGCCUUUUAACUCUUUUAAUGCCAAAUCCAGUCCGUGUGUUUGUAAUUGUACAAGGCAGAUUUGGACCUUGAUGAUGAACUCCAGGACCAGUUAUCAGGAGUGGAGUCUGCAGAAUCACGUGGGUUUUUUCAUUCGGUGGUUGUACUGGACUGAAAAGGUGGAAUAAAAGAAGACGGAUGAAGACUUUAUUUGCACAUAUAUUUGUUUCAUAGCAGAAUUUGCAAUACUUUGGCGUGUCGGAGGAUUUACGGGGGACGUUUUAGUUUAAGAGGGACGUGUACAGCUGGUUCGGGUGACUGAGCGUGCCCUGGCCAUGUGUAGUCCUACCGUAUGUAUUUAAUGUCGUAUUAGUACAGUACAUUACUGUUGUCAUAGGAAUGUGCAACAUUUCCUCAAAUAUCAUGACGGUUUUUGAACUAUGAUGUCAAAGAGAAAGGAUUAUCAUGUAUAGAUGGCUGAAUGGUGGAAGAGGAAGGGUGGGUGAGGGUCGAAGAGAUGAAGGCUGGAUCCUCCAUUUGGUUUACCCCUCUCUUACCCUCCUCUAACCAACGUAUCGUGUUGACCUGAAUACAGUACUAACUUCAUAAAUAUCCUCCGUUUCUCAGCUUGUCCUUAUAAAGACUGCCAUUGUACCUAAUAACUAAUAUUUAGUCGUGGAAGGGAAAGUACGAGGGAGGGAUUUGUGGCACAUUUUGGUGGUGUUCUGUCCCUGAGAGUGAGGCUAAACUCGUUUGCAAAUGCCAAUCAAUAUUAAGCAUUAAUUAAAGUGCUUGAUUUUUUUUCUUUCUUUUUUACUAACACGUUUCUUGCUCCAGUUUCAUUAUAAUUACUGCAAGAAAUCAAACCUGCUGAAGCUUCCUACAUGCAUUUCUUGUUUAUAAGGUGCAGCUAUUUUCCUAGUCGUCUUUAUUCUGUGAGUCUAAAUGAAGCCUCA